AACCGGAGACGGACGACAACGGUUCGAGGGCGGGAAAGAGUCGGGUUUACGCCGAGGGAAACUAUUAUGUGAUGUUUUAAAAAAAACAAAAAACCCCGCAUUGAUUCUUUUAAAAAGGUCGCUUUUGAUUUUUUGGCUAAAUUGGAUAACACAAAGAGGCGGGAAGGCAACACGUGGAGUGUUGUCGCGCGGCGAGCGGCAGCCAUGGAAGAGCGCAAGGAGCCGAACGGCGGCCGGGACUCCACCGAGGACGAGAGCCUGUCGCCGAACCUGCCGUCCCCGGCGCCGGUCCUCCCGCACCAGGCCGCCCAGCAGACCCACAGAACCACCAACUUUUUCAUCGACAACAUCCUGCGGCCGGACUUCGGCUGCAGGAAGGAGGCGAGCUACGCCCGGGAGAGAGGCGGCCAGACGGCGGGCCGGGAGAACGUCAACCCGCUGCUGGCCGCGACGAGGCCGCACGCCGGCAGCCUCUGCCUGGACUCGAACUGCAGCAGCGACAGCGCCUCGUCGCCGUCCUCCUCCUCCUCCUCGUCCUCGUCUUCCUCCUCGUCGUCGUCGCCCAAGCAGGCGAAGCAAGCCGAAGCGGCGAGCAACGGCUCGGGGGGAAGAUACGCGGACAGCCCCGCCGCCAUCGUGGUGGUCAACGGCGGCAAUGGAGCGUCUCCGCCCGCCGCCAAGGACCCGAUGCUGUGGCCCGCCUGGGUCUACUGCACGCGGUACUCGGACCGGCCCUCAUCUGGGCCGAGGACACGCAAACUGAAGAAGAAGAAGAGCAGCAAGGAGGACAAGCGGCCGAGGACGGCGUUCACGGCCGAGCAGCUGCAGAGACUGAAAGCCGAGUUCCAGGCCAACCGCUACAUCACGGAGCAGCGGAGACAGUCCCUGGCCCAGGAACUCAACCUCAACGAGUCCCAGAUCAAAAUCUGGUUCCAGAACAAGCGGGCCAAGAUCAAAAAGGCCACCGGCUACAAGAACGGCCUGGCGCUGCAGCUGAUGGCCCAAGGACUGUACAACCACUCCACGACCACCGUGCAGGAGGACAAGGAGGACAGCGAGUAGACUCUCUCUUAUUUAAACCCCCCUAUGGACAUCAAAAUUAUAUAUAAAUAUAUAUAUAUAGCCGCUGCAGUUAUCAUGUCGUAAACCGUAUCUUCCAUUCGUCCUCGGUAUAUCGUCUCUCUCUGCAUUGCGUGGUUGUAUCCCCCCCCCCCCCCCCGACCCGCCCCAUGGCCAUCGUUUUAUUGUGCAGCUCCUUUCACGGUUUAUCGUUUCUCACAUCGCAGACGCAAAGCCAAAGAUUUUUCAUAUGUUCACAUGUGUAUAUA